GCUUAAUACUCACUAGAGUUGUAGCUAGCAACCUUGGGACUCUUGAGCUUCCUUUUUCGAGUGUUUCUCUUUUUCUUUUCAGAAAGCUAUUUGGGUAAUUUUCUUUCAAGCGAGUAAAAAUGGUGAAGAUAGCUUUUGGUAGCGUUGGUGACUCUUUUAGUGUUGCGUCGCUAAAGGCUUAUUUAUCGGAGUUCAUUGCCACCCUUCUUUUCGUGUUCGCCGGCGUUGGCUCCGCCAUUGCUUUCAAUAAGCUCUCAUCGGAUGCACCUCUAGACCCACCUGGUUUGGUAGCAGUGGCCGUGGCUCAUGCCUUUGCACUGUUCGUUGGGGUCUCCAUCGCUGCCAACAUCUCCGGCGGCCAUUUAAAUCCGGCCGUCACUUUCGGCCUGGCCAUCGGAGGCAACAUCACCAUCCUCACUGGCUUCUUCUAUUGGAUUGCCCAAUUGCUUGGUGCCUCUGUCGCUUGCCUCCUCCUCAAGUUCGUUACAAAUGGCGAGGCUAUUCCUACCCAUGGAGUUGCUGCAGGAAUGAAUGCAUUGGGAGGAGUAGUAAUGGAGAUAGUCAUAACCUUUGCACUGGUCUACACUGUCUAUGCAACUGCAGCAGACCCUAAGAAGGGCUCAAUCGGAAUCAUUGCGCCCAUUGCAAUUGGGUUCAUCGUCGGUGCGAACAUUCUAGCUGCGGGGCCAUUCAGUGGUGGAUCAAUGAACCCAGCCCGGUCAUUUGGGCCAGCCGUUGCUAGCGGAGAUUUCUCACAAAAUUGGAUCUAUUGGGUCGGCCCACUCAUUGGUGGAGGGUUGGCUGGCUUGAUCUAUGGUGACAUCUUCAUUGGGUCCUAUUCCCCUCUCCCAGCCUCUGAAGACUAUGCUUAAGAGGUUCUUUGUAUUGUUGUAUUGUGGUGGUGUCAAGUGUUAUGGUCUCUGGUUUUGGGGUUGAGAAUGUAAUUUUCAACUUGUGAAUAAGAAGAAAUGUAUUUUUCUGUGUAUUAUCUUCCUUUUUUUUUUUUUUUU